AUGGUUCUUAUAGGGAAGAUUCCCCGUGAUGUUGGAAACCUCACAUUUCUUAUUUCUCUUGACUUGAGUGGCAACAAUUUGCAUGGAAAUUUGCCUCAAGAAAUGGCACGCUUGCGUCGGCUAAAGUUUCUUGAUUUAAGCUUCAACAACUUUAGAGGGGAAAUUCCAUCUUGGCUUGGUAACAGUUUUACUGGUUCCAUUCCUCCGUCACUCUCGAAUGCCUCAAGGUUGGAGAUUUUAGAAAUAUCUGCCAAUUUACUUCAAGGAAACAUCCCCGAAGAGAUUGGCAAUCUUCACAACCUGAAAUUUUUGUCCAUGGAAUAUAAUCAGCUUACAGGUUCAAUGCCAUUCACAAAAUUCAAUAUUUCUAGAAUUGAAGUCAUUGCAUUUACAGAUAAUAGAUUAUCAGGAGAUCUUCCCAAUGGUUUAUGCAAUGGUCUCCCACUACUCAAAGAGAUUUAUCUAUCAUUAAACAAGCUUCAUGGUCAUUUGCCUAAAAGCUUGUCAAAUUGUUCACAACUUCAAAUAUUGUCUCUAUCCCAAAAUAAUUUUGAUGGACCAAUACAUAAUGAAAUUGGAAGAUUGAGUAAUUUGCAGACAUUAGAAAUCGGAUACAACCGUUUCACAGGCAUAAUUCCACAAGAAAUCAGAAAUCUUGUUAAUUUGGUGAUAUUAGACAUGGUGGGAAACCAGAUAACCGGCUCUAUCCUGAUCUCCGUAUUCAAUAUCUCAUUGCUGCAAUCAUUGUUACUGUGGGGCAACAAUCUUAGUGGAUUCUUACCACGGGAGAUUGGCAACUUAACCAAGAUGCAAUUCUUAUAUCUUAACCAAAAUAGGUUUACUGAGUAUGGAUUGGAUGGACUGGUGUCAAUAAAAUGUGAUGUCUAUAGUUACGGGAUCAUAUUGCUGGAAACAUUUACUAGGAGAAAGCCUAGUGAUUUUGAGAGAGAUCUUAGCUUGAAGCAAUGGGUGAGUUAUUCACUCCCAGAGGCAGUAAUGGACGUUGUGGAUGCCAACUUGGUUACACCAACUGAUAAUCGCUUACAGAAGAAGCUAGAUGUUGUUGCAUCAAUCAUGAAAGUGGCAUUAGAUUGCUGUGCUGAAUCUCCGGCAAGAAGGGCAAACAUGAAAGAUGUUGUAGGGAUGCUACAGAAGAUGAAGAUUCAACUUCUUGCACACUGA